AUGCUUGCUUUAUUCCAGAGUCGGACCGUGGAUUUGGUACAUUCCCAGACGUUUUCCGGCACCGUCAGUGAGCCGGCAAAACGUCUGGGAAUGUACCAAGCAAAGCUUCCUUCAGAGGCUGGCGAUGCAGGUUCUCAAUUCUCUGGCUGCGUUUUUUGUCACGAAAAUCUCUACAAACUAGUAGAGUUGGUACACUCACGACCAACUCUUGGGCCUUCUAGAGGUGGAGGCAGAUCCAACAGAGCUGGUGGUGGAGGAAGAAGGGGUAGAUCUGAUGGUAAUCGUGGUGGUCGAAGGGGAUGA